AUGGAAAUAUGAGCAAAUAAUGUCCUUUUUGCUUCCACAUAUGCAGUCCAGAAGCUCCAGACACACUCUGCAAUUUGCAGAUGUAGCUGUGGACAUGACUGUGGCACUAGAUGAUGUGGAUCCAGAACUAGCUGACCUUUCAAGGUCAAGUUCUCCACAUCAACAGAGACCUGUAACCCCAACACCUUCUACAAAUUCACGAUCUGACACCUCCUCACCCUAUCCCAGCAUGCAAGCUCUAAGUACUGAGAGUCAGACAACAAGACAGAAGAGGAGGAGGUCAAAUGAUACAAAUGCAACAGAGCAACAGCUAUUGGACAUUUUAACACAACCAACCACAACACCAUCACCGUAUAUUCCAAACGAGGGAGACGAAAUGUACUAUUUUGUGCUUAGCUUAGUACCAAAACUUAGAAGACUACUUCCACGGAACCAGACAAGGGCACAGGUUCAUAUAUUGACUUACCUGUCAGAACUAGAAGCAGAAGAACAAAACAUGCACCAAAGUCACACUACAACCCACCCAUUCACAAGCAGUCAGCAGCCACACAGUUAUGGAUUUCAUCAACACCGCCCAACCUCCCCUCACCAUCAAAGCCACACUCAGCAGCUCCACACAGAUAUCUUUGACAAAGCAACACCUUCUUCUGCAAGAUCUGGCCAACAACAAGGUUCAUCUAUGGAAGACCCAUUGCCGCUGGUCUAUCAUCAUUUACACUAA